AUGCGCUUCACGACCGCCACCGGCUUCUUCCUCGCCGCCACCCUCGCUUCCGGCGCGGCCAUCCCGCAGCAGGCAGACGCUGCUGCGGCUGGUGCUGUGGCCACGCCGCCCGCCACCCCGGAUGCCGCCGCUGCCGCCGCCGCCGCUACGCCAGCAGGUGCUGCAGAUGCCGCGGCAGCAGACGCGCAGGCCCAACAAGCUACGGUAGACACGCAAAAGCAGAUCGAGGAGGAACACGCCGCCUCUGACGCAAAGGCACAAGAAGCAGCCCUCGCCCAACAACAAGCUGCCGUCGACCAACAGGCAGCCGUUGCCGCCGCCGCCGCCGCCACACCUGCCGCUGCCGCCGCCGCUACCCCCGCCGCCGCUGCUACCCCCGCGGUCGCCACGCCGGAUGCCGCUGCCGCUGAGGCGGCCGCCACGCCCGCUGCACGCUUGAUGCGGUUUGCCAGGCGUGGCUUGUCGCCCAUGGACAUGAUGAUGGCGGAGGACCCGACGAACGCGGAUGCCAAGGCGAAGGCGGACGCCGCUGAGAAGAAGGCGGCGGCGGAGGAGGAGGGGGACAAGGAGGGCGCGGCAGGAGACUCGGCUGCUGCUGCUGCUGCUGCUGAGCCUGAGGCUGCUGAUCCUAAGGCUGCUGAUCCUAAGGCCGCUGAUCCUAAGGCUGCUGAGGCUGGUGCUGCUGAUCCUAAGGCCGCUGAGGCUGGUGCUGCUGAGGCUGGUGCUGCUGACCCUAAGGCCGCUGAGGCUGGUGCUGCUAAGGCUGAUGGUGCUGGUGCUGGUGCUGAGGCUGAAGCGGAUCCCAAGGCUGAAGCGGAUCCCAAGGCUGCUGAUGCUGGUGCCGAAGCUGAGGCUGAUCCCAAGGCCGCCGAUGCUGGCGCCGAAGCUGAUGCCGCCGCCGCCGCCGACCCCAAGGCCGAUCCCAUGGCUGCCGACGAGGCUGCCGCAGCCGAAGACCCAAUGGUCGCCGCUGAUCCUGCCGCUGAUCCCGCCGCCGCCGCCGACGACGCAGGCGCCGCCGAUGACGCCCAGGCGCAGGUGGCCGCCGCGCAGGAGGCGCAAAAGGCCGCCGAAGACAAGGCCGCCGAGCUGCAGAAGCAGGUCGACGACCUCAAGGCGCAGCAGGCGCAGGCUGAUGCCGGUGCCGGUGCUGGUGCUGAAGCUGAUCCCGCUGCCGCGGAUGCCGGUGCGGCGGAUGCAGGUGCUGCCGAUGCUGGUGCGGCGGAGGAUGCUGGUGCUGAGGCGGCCGACCCUGCUGCUGCCGCCGCCAAGGGCGAGGAUGCAGGUGCUGCUGAUGCUGGUGCUGCUGAUGCGGGUGCUGCCAAGGGUGAGGAUGCUGGUGCCGCCGAUGCCGGUGCCGAAGCCGACGCUGGCGCGGACAAGGGAGCUGCUGCCAAGGGCGAAGGUGCCGGCGCUGAUGCGGAUGCUGCUGCUGCCGCUGAUCCGGCUGCUGCUGAUGCCGGCGCUGCCAAGGGCGAGGAUGCUGGCGCGGACAAGGGAGCUGCUGCUGAUCCGGCCGCUGCUGAUGCCGGCGCCGCCAAGGGCGAAGAUGCUGCGAAGGAUGCCGGUGCCGGUGCCGGUGCCGGCGCCGAUGCUGAUGCCGCUGCCGCUGCUGGAAAGGAGGAGGGCGCUGAUGCUGCCGGAAUGGCUGACGAGGCGGACCCGAAGGCUGCUGAGGACCCGAAGGCUGCUGAAGACCCCAAGGCUGCUGAGGACCCUAAGGCUGCUGAGGACCCAAAGGCCGCUGAGGACCCAAAGGCCGCCGCGGACGCUGGAAAGGCUGCUGGUGAUGACGCUGCCGCCGGUGCGGAUGUCGAGGGCAAGGGCGAAGAGGCUGCUGCCAAGGAGGAUCCCGCCGCUGAGGACCAGGCGGCUAAGGAUCCCGCGGCCAAGGACCCCGCGGCCAAGGACCCCGCCGCCGACGAGGCCGCCGCUAAGGACCCGGCUGCCGGCGAGGAGGCCGAUGCUAAGGACCCGGCUGCUGGCGAGGAGGCUGAUGCUAAGCCCUCGAAGAUGGCGAUGCUCAAGCGUUUCCUCGGGUUCUAA